AUGUCUCUCUUCGGCACCUCGCCCCCGGACGAAAACGUCAACCCGUCGAUGCACUCAUCAUUUGCCCGCUCGCGCCACGGCCUUUUUGACGACGAAGGGGGCAUCAGCCGCACGAACUCGGACCACCUUUUUGACGCCGAGGACGAAGACGAAGACGAUACGACGACCAAGAAUGCCGAUAAAAGUCACGACGCACCAUCACCGUGGGACAUGCCGUCACCGCGCAAAAAGAAAACUCGCGCAGAGCUGCUGCGCGGCCUGCUGCCCGCUUCCGACGUCCCUGACGCCUACCACAACGCCUUUGAGGCCGCCGUACACGACGAUGACAAUGGCAAUUCGUCUUCCAAAAACGUUGUGUCUGCCGGCGGCGUGGCCCGCACAUUGGCCGCUUCCAAGCUCGACGCCGACAGCCAGACUGCCAUUAUGAACGUCAUUGCACCGGGCGGCAGCAACACCACCGAUGACGACGGCAACAGCACCAUUGCUCUGGGACGCAACGAGUUCAACGUGCUGCUGGCACUGGUCGGGCUUGCCCAGGAAGGCGAGGUGAUUAGUCUCGACAGCGUAGACGAGCGCCGGCGAACACCACCGCCGCCCCAAUCGUCCUACCAGCCGCCAUCUGCCUUUCCUCAGCUGAAACCGGCCUCAGACAUUCGCCAGGCUCCGAUGGACUACGGCUCCGACGAUCCGUGGAACUCGCACGAUCUGCAUAAAGACCACCACCAUCCCGAUAUUGCACCGGCCGCCAGGGUCAGCACAGGUGACGAUGCCUCAACAGUAACCGGCGGUGCCGAUGCUGGUGCCGACGCAGGUGCCGACGCAACCACACGCUCCGAUCCCAACGCCAAUGGCAAUGGGAUUUUUGAUUCGAGCCCCAGCAACGCCCUCCCGAUAAGAACGACAUCCAACUUCACAACGACGCCCGAGGCGACCGUCAUCGGCGGUGGCAGUACGGCCGACGCGCAGCCCAACAUUACCAGUGGAAACGCACGGAACUCGGGAUCAGGGUGGGACAUGUACAACGGCGGCGGCAGCCCAACCGUCAGCAACCUUGGCGGCGGCUUUGGUGAGCUGCCGACUGGUAAUGACAACGCCGGCCUCGGCGCUAAUGGGAACUCUACUGUGCGCGGCGGUGCACCCCCUUCCCGGACCAUUGGCAACAUUGGUGGCCGCACGGGCAGCGCAAUUGAAGAAAACGUUCUCGUCACGCUGAUGCCAGAGAAAGAGGGUCUGUUCAUGUUCCAACACCACAACUACGAAGUGUCCAGCACCCGUCGCGGUAGCAAGGUUGUGCGCCGCUACAGCGACUUCGUGUGGUUGUUGGAAUGCCUGCACAAGCGGUACCCAUACCGUGUACUGCCGCUCCUGCCGCCGAAGCGCGUCGCCGUCAAUGGCAAUCAUUUGUCGAACGACGGUGCCUUUAUCGAGAAACGCAGGCGCGGCCUGGCACGCUUCCUCAAUGCCCUGACACGGCAUCCUGUGCUUAGCACGGAGCAGCUCGUCGUCAUGUUCCUGACUGUUCCUACAGACGAGUUUGCCGGCCGGCCCCUGCCGCCCGGCUUGGAGGAGUCGCUGUCCCCCUCCCUCAAUGAGCUCUUCGACCGUACACGGUCUGGCGUGCGCCGCUCGGCUGAGCUGUACAUUACGACUUGCAAUAUCAUGGAUCGUCUGGUCAAGCGCAGCGAGGGCAUCGCCAACGACCACGCCCGCAUGGCCGUGUCCCUGCAGUCGCUGACCGAGGCCAGCGCCGACGUCUAUGCCACCGACACCAACCUCGUGCCUCUUCUCAACGACGGUCUCGUCGCCAUGAGCAAGCACCUGCGCACGGGCCAGACACUUAUGGAGGACGAGUCGCGCGCCUGGGAUGCCGGCGUGCUGGAAGACCUCAAGCGACAGCGCGAUGCCUUGGUAGGCCUCCGCGACCUCUUUGACCGUCGCGAGCGUAACGACCGCGACACCAUCCCCAUGCUCGAGCGCCGCAUCCAAAAGAACGAGUCCAAGCUGGCGACCCUGCGCGCCAAACCCGAGGGCCUUGUGAAGCCUGGUGAGAUUGAAAAGGUCAUCGACGCCAUCAUCAAGGACAAGGAGACCAUUGUCCAGCAGCACAACCGCUCCGUCUUCGUCAAGGAGUGCUUGCGCGACGAACUUCUCUAUUUUCAGGCCACUCAGUACCACGUCUCGCGCUGGAACCAGGACUGGGCACAGGAGCGCGUCAAGUACUCGGAGAUGCUGGCCGACAACUGGCGGCGCUUGCUUGAUGAGCUGGACGGCAUGCCUUUGGGCGAGUGA